UGAGAAAGAAGAGCACACAGCUAGAAAGACACAGGGAAAAAAAGGUCCAAGGCUGUUCUCAGAAGCAAACCACAAACUUGAAAAACAUUUCUAGUGCCUUUUUCCUGAUGCUGCAUGUGUGUUUUCGAGUAAGAGGCAGAAGGAUGGACCUCACAGUGCUCAUGCUGCUGGCCAUGCUGCUAUGCUCAUCCUGCUUAAGUGAGCUUGGAGUCAGGGAUCCAGAUGUAGAGGAAGAAGAAAAGGCAGCACUCAAGAGCAGUUUUAGUACAUCUGGUAUUCCGGUACCUCUUGGACAUCUCAGCAGAUCUGGACAACUGGAUACUCAGCUGGAGACACCUCAGAGCCCAUUGCCUUUCUUGAGAGUGAGUUCACACCAGCCUGCACGCAGAGGAAACUGGUGUGCAUUUAUUCAUCAUCGUUUGAUAAACAUGGAAGAGCUCAAUGGUGCUGAGGAGGAUGUAGUGAAGUCAGUCAACCCCUGCAGUAAUGGUGACCCUGACUGCCAAAAACCUAUGCAUCAGCUCUCACAGCCUACAUACAGACAGAAGCAGAAAAGUAUUACUGCCCUGCAAUGGAAGUGCUGCCCAGGCCACGGAGGUAACAACUGUCAGGAGACAGUAACUCUGAUGGGAGAAAUUCAGUCUAGUCAAGAACACCCACCAGCUCCAACAGAUGCUUCACAGCCUGAUGACUCUGACUCUGGCAAUGGUGGAGAUAUCCCUCCUCCUCCUCCUCCUUCUUCUUCUUCUCUACCCUUCAUGGAUUCCAGCAACCUCUUGGCAUUUCAACAAAUAUUUGCAGCAGUAAUGGCCCAACUUCAACCAGUGCUGGAUGGCUUUAAUAGUACUUUAGAGAAUUUGUCCAGAGAGAUGGAAGAUCUGUCCAUAGAUCUGACGAAACUAAGGCAUGAGCAAGAGAACAUGUCCAAAACUAGACAUGCCCAUGAAGCAAAAUGUGAGAAACACUUGGAGGAGAGCUUUGAACAGAUGCAGCAAAUAUGGACAGAGUUGGACUCACGACAAAAAGAGAUAGAACAAAAACUACACAUGCAACAAGAACAUCAUCUUCAUAACAUGACCGGUCUAAAAGACAAAAUGGAAAACUAUAUCGACACGAGUCAUGAGGAAAUACAGGUGAACUUACAGUCUCUGAAUAAGUCCAUGGAGGAAAUUCGACUUGAUUAUGAAAGGCUGCAGGAGACAACACAGGGAGAACACAGUCUCUCAGAUGCUGCCAGUGAAAGCCAAUCACCACUGGAGACCAGUGUUUGGGAGGCCAUCAGUAGUCUGGACAUGAAAGUGCUGAAUAACACAAUGGAGCUCAGUCCACUAAUUGAAAACUCCAAACAUUUGAUUAAUAUUGUACAGAAGCUGGACCAUGGCUUGAGGAACUUGAGUGAAAGACUGGAGUAUGUCAGCCACAACACAGAGGUUCAUUUGGCGCAGAUUGGGCUUGAAGUGGAGGCGGCUAGAGUGGCUACGCUGAAAACUGUUAAUGAACUAGCUUCUAAUCACAGUAACCAAGAGAGAGAAUUGCGAGAGACUCAACUUGAUGUGGACAAUAUUUAUCAGCAUCUCCAAAAUAAUGAGCAUUCCACAGCAGGUGAGAUUUGCAGCUGUAAAGAAAUCAGUGACUCACUGGCUAGGUUGGAAUCUGAAGUGGCUAAUGUUACGAACAUUGUCAAAGAGAACCGGUAUGCCCUGGAGGAUGUUGAGGCAAAGAGAGGACUUAGCCAGUGGACCCCAGAAGUUGAAGAUCUCCAUCAAGGCUUGUGGAGUGUGAGAGAAUCACUAGCAUUUGAACAAGUCAAACGAAAGACUCUUAAUGACAACUUGGAUCAGUUAAAAACUGCACUCCUGGACAGCCAAAAGGAGAUUAUUGGGCUUAAAGACCAAUUUGUUGCUAAAGAAGCAGAAGUCAGACGUCUCUCUGCAUCAUUCUCUUCUUUACUCAAGGAUGCCAUCCGCCAUUCUGAAGUUCUUGAGAUGAUUUUGGGAGAUGAAGUCAUAGAGGUCUCAGACUGGUCCAACAUCCAGCAGAAGGAGAUUUCAAUUCCUGAACUGCUCCAGAAAAUGCGUCUGAUGCAGGAAAAGAUUGACAGUCAUGAGAAUAGCUUGUCCUCUCUAAGGAAUAGCAGUAGUGAGAAAGUCCAAAUGACCAACGAUGACCCAGUUGCAUUUACAGAAUGGAGCCUCACAAAAGACCAGGGAAGUAAUGCUGAAGACACUUCACCAGACAUUUCCGAAAAGGAGGACGAUGAGGACUACUCAGUUAGUGACUUCUGGAGCCUUGGGAGGGAGGUGGAACAGCUCGCUAACAGACUCAAUGUGCUGGAACUGAAGCCAUGCAACUGCACUGCUGCCUCCAGUGGUUCUGUAGUGGAACUGCAGAAAGAUGUUAUAACCUUGCAACAAACACUGGAGGAUCAUUUGAGAACUUUCCAGAAUUUAUUUCAAUAUACAGAACUGCUGGCUAGCUCCUCCGACGGUGUGAACUUGGACCAGCUGCAGACCAUGAUCAGGACAAAAGAGAGAAAGAGAAAGAAGGGACAAAAUAUAAGGAAAAAUGGAGAGUCAAGCAGCAGGCACAGUAAAAGACACAUUGGGAAAAAGACCAAUCCUGGUGACUAUUAACACAGCACACACUGUGGUGAUCUGUUAGAUCAUCAGAAAAUCAUUAAGGGGAACUCUUUGACAGUGGGCUAUUUGCAAGCUUCCUUACACUCCAAAACUAACAGGAGGACAGAAAAACAAGCAGUUAUAUACCACUAAGACUAGUUUAAAUAGUACAUAUUCUUUGGGAAAAAUCCUUUUGAGGGUUCUUACUUUUUGUAAAAAUAUUCUACUUGGAAGGAUCCAAUUCUACCUUCAAAGGCAUUUUCAAGGGAGACAUCAACCAAAAAAAACCCUUAAUGCAUAGAAUCGUAGUAAGAAUCCUAAUGAUCUUUUGACAGAUUUGCAUAAUGCAAGCUGCAGAUUUGUAUUUAUUUCAAAAUUGUGAGUUUUUCCCAAGUUUGGAACAAAGAAUGUUUAACGGAAGACUAACACUACAGUAUAUGCUAGUUUAAUGCUAUGAUGUCUUUCAAUGAAAUUAAAGACCACUAGGGCUGGAUGGCACGAUAUUCUAACAAUAUCACAACAUAUAAACAUGAAGCAUUUUUUCCAGUGUAUCUAUCUAUGGCUACUCUAACAUGUAUCUGUUUAUAUAUUAUAUUCUGUUUCUACCAACUGUUUAAGUUCUUUUUAAAAAAAAGUGUUGAUUAGAAAUUUCUUUGUUUCUCAUGCUUAUUUAUAGUCUCGCAAUAUAAUUUUGCCAUAUCGCUCAGCAGUAAAAAUCUUAUAUAUUUCAUGACUUUCAUCAUUGGUGUCAAUUACAGCACAAGUCCCAGAGGCAGCAAGAUGUUUCUAAAACAUGCUUUAAUUGUCAUUAUCAUGAGCAUGUUAUGUAGCUCACGCUAGCAUCUACCUGACAUUAGACUGGAUCAUUUCUAUCCCAAGUGAAGUAUAGUAUCAUACCUUUAGCAUCUCCCAGUCUGGGACAGGAGGAGGUAAGGCUUCUGGGGUAAGUGUGCCUCCUUGUGAAGCUUGUGAAGCAAAAGAAGGGUAAAAGAGCAUCUCAGGGAUUAUUCUGUUCAACACUAAAUAAUGACUAAAAAAAUAAUAGAACAAAACAUAGAUACUGCCUGGUUUCCUCCAAAACUGCCAAAGAUCAUGUUUCAGUAUUUUUGUUUUAAGGUUUGUAUUUGUGCCCCCUGGUGGUCAUUUUGUAAACUACAAAAACAUGUACAGGUCUCACUGUUUAACCUUGGUGUGUUGCUACAAAUCAGUCAUGAUGCUUCAAAUAAAUGAAAUGCUUCUUGUCCAGGUUGCUGAAACUUUCCCUGAAGAAGGGAAAGGCUCAAUGUAAAGAACAACUCUGUCUUUAUUACCAAGUCAGUGGAGAUCAGAUUAUGAUAGACAUUUAAACCUUUUUUCUGUAUUUAUUUUAUACAGAAACGUAAUGAAGAGCUCACCAAUGACUGUGUGUGAAGCAGUUUUUCCACAAAAAAGGUUUAAUAUUAUCUACCACUAUUUUUAAUUAAUUUCUAAACAUUCUCUAUGGGUUGAUAAAUCUCUUAUAGCACAAUUAAUAUUUAAAUAUUAUUUCUAACCACGAGAUUAGCAUUUCAAAACAAUGUAUUUUACUAGCUAGGUUUGAAUAGACACGUUAAAAAGGGCACUUUUUAACAGCUCUGAUCAAGUCUUAUGGUGGUCCU